AUGGACGUGGACGUAGACAUGGACGUGGACGUGGACGUGGACAUGGACGUGGACGUGGACGUGGAGGACAUGGACGUGGACAUGGACGUGGACGUAGACGUGGACGUGGACGUGGACAUGGACAUGGACGUGGACGUGGACGUGGACGUGGACGUGGACAUGGACGUGGAGAUGGAUGUGGACGUGGACGUGGACGUGGACGUGGUCGUAGACGUGGACGAGGACGUGGACAUGGACGUGGACGUGGAGGACUUGGACGUGGACAUGGACGUGGACGUGGACAUGGACGUGGACGUGGACGUGGUCAUGGACGUGGACGCGGACGUGGACGUGGACAUGGACGUGGACGUGGUCGUGGACGUGGACGUGGACAUGGACGUGGACGUGGACGUGGACGUCCAGGAGCCUUCCUCGUCCACAAGCCUCCCUCGUCCACGAGCCUGCCUCGUCCACGAGCCUGCCUUGUCAACGAGCCUGCCUCGUCCACGAGCUUGCCUCGUCCAGGAGCUUGCCUCGUCCAAGAGCUUGCCUGGUCCAGGAGCUUGCCUGGUCCAGGAGCUUGCCUGGCAAGCUCUUAGACCAGGAAAGCUCGUGGACCAGGCAAGCUUUUGGACCAGGCAAGCUCUUGGACCAGGCAAGCUCCUGAAUCAGGCAAGCUAA